AUGGCUUUCAUUGGCAGUGCUGGAAUCGGUGUUUUAAAUGUAGCAAGAAAAACAAUGGCAAGAAUGCUGGCAAAACAAAUGAGCCCAGACUGUGACGCAGAAUUUGCGUAUGGAGCCGGACAAAUUAACCCUAUAAAGGCUUUAUAUCCUGGUUUAGUGUAUGAUGCAAAUGAAGAAGACUACAUUAAGUUUUUAUGUGAUCAAGGUUUAAAUAUGUCUAUGUUACUCCAAAUCACAGAGAGUAUAGUCAAUUGCCCUGAGAGAGGACAUAUGACACCAAGAAACUUAAAUUAUCCUUCUUUUGCUUUCAAAGUCCCCCGGAUUAAACAUCACUUGAAUGCACGCUUCAAAAGAAUAGUUACAGAUGUAGGGUUACCUAUGUCUACAUAUAGAGCAUUUGUAACCGCUCCAAAAGAACUUAACAUUUCAGUGACCGCCAACGUUUUAUCAUUCACACCAUUGGGAGAAAAACAAAAUUUUAUUACUAUAAAUGGGAAAUUGAAGAAGUCAAUUGGCUCAGCUUCUUUGACAUGGGGCGAUGGUAAAUAUCAAGUGAGGAGUCCUAUUGUUGUGUUUUAUGAGCGCGAGCGGUGGAAGGAAAGGGUGCCAAUUUAUAUAGGAUAG